ACCCCUUCGCUGAUGCCACUAAGGGUGACGACCUGCUCCCGGCCGGGACUGAGGACUACAUCCACAUAAGGAUCCAGCAGCGCAACGGCAGGAAGACGCUCACCACGGUGCAGGGCAUCGCCGACGACUAUGACAAGAAGAAGCUCGUGAAGGCCUUCAAAAAGAAAUUUGCCUGCAAUGGUACUGUGAUUGAACACCCCGAGUACGGUGAGGUUAUUCAGCUCCAAGGUGACCAGAGGAAGAACAUUUGCCAGUUUCUCUUGGAGGUUGGCAUUGUCAAGGAGGAACAGCUUAAGGUUCAUGGGUUCUGAAAUGAGCCUAAACACAUGCAGAAUUUUUUGAAUGAUUUUGUUCUCCAAACCCAGCUUGGCUGCCUUGUGAAAUGAUUCUCUGCAGUGAACGGACUUUUCGUUUAUUCAGUCAUUCAAACUUCCAUUCCCAUCAGCAUGACAGGAAACGUGGGACGUGUAGGCUGGAAACACAUAAGGAAAUUGCAGUCAGAUGGUAACGAAGCCCUGUAUUCAUCUUAACAUGUUUCCAAUGGAAAAUACUUUGUUUUGAGUGUUUGUUUAUUGUUUAUUUUCAGUUGACUAAAUGUUUUUUGUUGUAUUAAACCUUGUAUGUUGCAGCUUAACAAUAAAAAAAUCAGUUCUUUUAUGAGCUGUUAUGCUCCCCAAUCUAAGCAAA